AUGUAUAUAUAUAAUAAAGCAAUAACGACUACAGCAGAGAUAUGCAUUAUUCCAAACAACGCUCACAUCGAGUGGGACGGACUGGGUGUGGCCGUGGAAACAACCCCACCAGCUAGGGCGGUGGUGGGAGAAGAAGAAAAUGUAGAAAUUCGGCAACAGACAGACCGCAUCUUUAGUUCUCGUUUUCUGCACUACGCGUUUAGUUGUUUUCUCCGACAGCCAUGCUUCUACAAUCUUUGCCGUGCCGAGCUCCUGCUACCAAAGAGCCGAUGGAGACCAUUUCCAAAUCUAAGGACUGUGCGACACUCAAAUGUAUAUCGAAGAUUCCCUAGAGCAGCUUUGGAAGUUGGUCGUCCAGCAGCAAUGCGGGCAAUAGCAAGGGCUAGACAUAGAACUACUCCACCAGUUCCGCCGAGUCUUGCUGAGUGGCCAGCUAUAUUAAAUUCAGCUGAGUGGGGAUCAAGACUAGCGAAUUGUAAUGGGACAGAAUAUCGAUUCUUCCAGGGGCCGUUAGAAGUGUUGGGCGAAGAUGGAAAUAUACAGUUUGUAGGAGUUGUAUUUUGCAACAAUCAAUUUCUCCAUCAAAUGAAUGUAUACAUGCCAUCUGUACGUACAUUAUACAUUAACGGAACAUUUCAAGUGAGGCCAGCUUACCCACCUGAUAUUGCUCAACUUCUUACAGUACAAAUUGUUUUCAACAAUGUGGCGAUUCCCAUUAUCCAUGUUUUGCUCAUCAACAACACAACAACUGCAUAUUGUAGAGUUAUGCAGUUCAUAAGAAAUGAUUUGGCGUUAAAUCUUUCUUAUGAAAAUCUACAAAUUAUUACUGAUUAUGAGCAUGGCUUGAGAAAUGCAAUAACCAGAGUGAUUCCAGAAGCCACAAAUACUGGAUGUUGGUUUCAUUAUAUACGUUGCAUAACUAGAUAUUUGAGGAAUAAUGGGCUUAUUAACAUUUGUAACACCAAUGAGAAUGCAAGAUGUAUAGUAAGAAUGCUUAUGGCAUUGCCACACCUACCAGGGAAUCCAAUUGAAUACCACCAAAAUAGAUUUUCUAUUCAGUUGGGAUUCAGAUUUAUUCAGGAUUUAGUAAGAGACUACGAGCUUGAAGUACAAUUAGGAGGGUUGUUGAGGUACUUCGAGCGAUUUUGGAUGGAUGUUGUGGGUCCAUUGAACUUCACUGUUUAUCGUUUGAAGUACCGUGCCAACAAUUUUAUAGAGUCGUACCACGCUACAUUAGUAAGACUCAUGGGACAACAUCCACCGCUAUAUCGGUUUUAUGAACAUUUAAGAGGCAUAGAGGAGCGGUCAAGGGCAGACUUUAUUAGGGCUAUAAAUGGGCAACCGGUAAGGAGAGUUGAUUAUAGGGGAAAUACACGACCGAGAAAUGAUAUCAUUAUUAACACUGCUUGGGAGAGAUGUGAGAAUGGAGUUUAUAAUUUGGAAAACUUCAUUAGAAACGUUUCUCACACUCCAGAGCAGUUGUUAAGAAAUGAAAUUGGAGAGCCAAAUUUCAUAGAACGCCCUGUUGUAUUACCUGUUGCACAAAUUCAACCAUUGGCACCACCUCCUCCAUUACCAGCUAGACCACAACCACAACAAGUGGAGCCUCAACCACUAGCACCAGCACCAAGACAAAUCUUGCCCCAUCCACGACCAGUGGCUAUUCGGCAACCGAUACGGCCUCCUCCACCAGUGAUACAACCUCGACAAGCUGUCCAACCAAUACCACUAGAACAACGUGGAUAUGCUCCACAACCGGGUCUUGACCACAGACAAGAAGUUGAUGUACGGAUGGCAUGGGAUGAAUUUCUUCAGGACAUUGAGGAUGAUGAUACAGAAGAACCAGAAAACUGCAUCAUUUGUUUUGAUCGACUUGCCUCAGUCACAUUAAUGCCUUGCAGGCAUGAAUUUUGUAAUGUUUGUGUAACUAGGCUUGUGGCUGAUCAAAACAGAAGAUGCCCACUUUGUAGAGGUGUGAUUCAAGUCUACUUAAAUUAUGACCAUCCUAUGUAAGAUAUUUUGUAUAUAAUAUAGCAUGUAAACAUUAUAAAUAAAUAAAUAAGUAAAGUAUAAAAUAAUUACUAAAACUUGUUCUGAACUUAUAGAAAUGUAUUACCUAUA